AAACAUGGCGGCCAGCUUCCGCGGCCGUCCUAUCCGGAGUCUUCGGAUGCGAGGUCGGAAUGACAGCGGGGAAGAGAACGUACCGCUGGAUCUGACCAGAGAACCAUCAGAAAACUUCCGUGAAAUCCUUCAAAAUGUGGCCAAACCACACGGAGUCAGUAACAUGCGAAAAUUGGGCCACCUGAACAACUUCAUAAAGCUGUUAUGCAGCAUUAACCACCGCGAGGAAAACUUUGGGUUUACGUACGAAGAAAUCAUCGUUUGUCUGCGACUAGCUCUUCUGAAUGAGGCCAAGGAAGUGCGUGCUGCAGGGUUGCGGUCGCUCCGCUACCUCAUUAGAGACACCACUGUGCUGCAGAAGGUCCUCAGACUGCAGGUGGACUAUUUGGUAGCCAGAUGCAUUGACAUCCAGCAGAGCAAUGAGGGCGAGAGGACUCAGGCCCUGAGACUAGUCCGAAAGAUUAUCACAGUCAAUGCGAUGCUGUUCCCCACCUCCAUUGCGAACUCUCUAAUUGCUGUGGGCACCGAUGGACUACAGGAGAGAGACCGCAUGGUCCGAGCUGCCAUCGCCAUCGUGUGUGAGCUAGCCCUGAAGAACCCGGAGGUGGUGGCCAAACGGGGAGGCCUCAGCACCAUCCUGAAGAGUGUGAUUGACUGUCAGCUGAGUCGCAUCAACGAAGCUCUCAUCACCACCGUCCUCCAUCUACUCAACCACCCACGUACCCGUCAGUACGUGCGUGUUGACGUGGAACUGGAGCAAAUCCUCGCGCCUUUCACAGAUUUUCACUACCGUCACAACGCAGACACGGCUGAAGGGCAACUCAAGGAGGACAGAGAGUCCCGUUUCUUGUCCAGUAGAAUGGCUAUAGUGGCGGCCUUUCGCUCCUGGUCUGGGAUUAUCAACCUAUGCAAGGCUGGAAAUUCUGGAAUCCAGUCUUUAAUUGGCUUACUCUGCAUACCAAAUAUGGAAGUUAGGAAAGGCCUGUUGGAGGUGUUAUAUGAGAUAUUCCGGCUCCCUGUGCCCAUUGUUACUCAAGACUUCACGGAAGGUCUUCUAAGUGUUGACCCCGCCAGGUUCCAGGACACCUGGAGGCUGUCUGACGGGUUUGUUGCUGCUGAGGCCAAAGUCAUCCUUCCACAUCGGGCCCGCUCGAGGCCUGAUCUGAUGGACAACUACCUGGCUUUUGUUCUGUCUGCCUUCAUCACCAGCGGGCUGUUAGAGGGCCUCGUUGAAGUUGUGACCAGUAGCGAUGAUCAGCUGGCUGUCAGAGCCACCAUCCUCUUGGGAGAGCUUCUACACAUGGCAAACACCAUCCUUCCUCAUUCCCACAGCCACCACCUGCACUGCCUUCCCACCCUCAUCAACAUGGCAGCCUCCUUUGACAUCCCACAGCAGAAACGACUUCGUGCAAGCGCAGCAGUCAACAAUCUGAAGCGUUUCCACGAGAAGAAGAAGAAAGGCUUGAAACCACACAGUCUUUACUUAGACCACAUCAUCCGCAAGUCUGUGUCUUCACACAACCGCAGAGAGUCGCACUCGCGUGUCCACAGGGACAUCUACGUCAUUAAGGACACAGAAGAAGCACUGAUGAUGAACCUGAGAGACAGUCAUAUUCUCAACCACAAGCAGAACCUGGAGUGGAACUGGUUGCUUAUUGCCACAAUCCUUAAGUGGCCAAAUGUAAACCUCAGGAACAACAAAGAUGAACAGAUGCACAAGUUUGUGCGCAGGCUGCUGUACUUCUAUAAGCCCAGUAGUAAGCUGUAUGCAGGGCUGGCGUUGGAUCACUCGAAGGCCAGACAGCUCACUGUGGUCGGCUGUCAGUUCGUGGAGUUCCUCAUGGACUCAGAUGAGGAUGGCCAAGGCUACCUGGAGGACUUGGUGAGGGACAUGGUGUUAUGGCUGUCCUCGUCCUCGGGGCUGAAGCCUGAGCGCUGUCUGCAGAGCAACGGCCUGCUCACCACGCUCAGCCAACACUACUUCCUCUUCCUGGGGACGCUCUCGGCACACCCGCAGGGAGUCAAACUGCUGGAGAAAUGCGGCCUGUUUCAGUGCCUGCUGAAUCUGUGCUCUGUGAAGAACCAGGAUGCCGUGCUGAAACUUGCUGUAUCCACACUGGACUACAGCAGAGACGGUCUGGCCAGAGUGAUCCUCUCCAAGAUCCUCACUGCUGCUACUGAUCCGUGCAGGUUGUACGCCACAAAACACCUCCGGGUGCUGCUCCGUGCGAGCGUGGAGUUCUUCAGCAGCUGGGGUAUGGAGCUGCUGGUCACGCAGCUCCACGACCACAGCAAGGCUGUGUCCAUGGAGGCCCUGGACAUACUGGACGAGGCCUGCGAGGACAAGGCCAACCUCCACGCUCUAAUCCAGCUGAAACCAGCUCUGUCCCACCUGGGAGACAAGGGCCUCCUGCUGCUCCUCAGGUUCCUGUCCAUUCCUAAAGGUUUCUCCUACCUCAAUGAGAGGGGCUAUGUCAGCAAACAGCUGGAUAAAUGGCAGAAGGAAUACAACCUUAAGUAUGUGGACCUGAUAGAGGAGCAGCUCAACGAAGCACUAACAACUUACCGCAAACCCGUCGAUGGAGACAACUACGUCAGACGCAGCAACCAAAGGUUACAGAGACCAAAUGUCUAUCUCCCUGUGCACUUGUAUGGUCAGCUGGUCCACGAUAAGACGGGCUGUCACCUAUUGGAGGCUCAGAGUGUGGUUCCUGACCUCAGCUACACGGUUCGCUCCCCGAUGCUGGACACCUGGGAGGGCAUUAAACAGCUGAAGGCUGCUCUCUGGGCUCUGGGCAACAUCGGCUCUUCAAACUGGGGUCUGAAUCUCCUGCAGGAGGAAAACGUCAUUCCUGACAUCCUGGCGUUGGCUCAGCACUGUGAGGUGCUGUCAGUACGAGGGACAUGCGUUUAUGUGCUGGGUGUGAUCUCCAAGACCAGGCAGGGCUGCGAGGUGCUGAAGCAGUAUGGUUGGGAUGCAGUGAGGCACAGUCGCAGGACGCUGUGGCCCGUCACUCCAGAAGAGGUCGACGCACAGCUGACCUCUGAACUGUCCUCGGUGCCGAGCACGCUCAGUCUGAACUCUGAAUCCACCAGCUCGCGCCACAACAGCGAGAGCGAGUCUCAGCCGAACAUGUACAUCCUGGAUGAUGACAAGUGUGACGUUCUGGACCAGUCAGACGAGCCCUCUUUCUAUCUGCACUCCAAACCAGUCAAGGACCGCAGCCCCUUCACCAUCCUGGCCUCCACACGCUUUGUUCGCACUCGCUUCCUCAACUCCCUGUCCCUCCCCAGCAAGAAGCUGCGCUCCACCAGCGACCCCAAGACCCCGUCAGGCUCUCGGACCCCUACUGAACUCAAGACGGGUAGUAUGAGGCGGAACAGGACAGUGACGGAGCCCUCAGUGUAUAGCCCGAACCAGGGGGACGUCUUCACCUCUGUGUUUAAUGGCAGAGGAAUGCCGAAGAGUCCCACGGUCAGCCUGGAGACGUCCUUUGUCGGGACCAGGGGGGGCUCUGAGGAGCAGCUCGUGGAUGGCAGGCUGGCCAGGGGAGGAGGCUCAGGCCUCGGACUCAGUGGUCUCGGAGGGCACGGGGCCGCGGAGCACCCCAGCCGGGAGAGGGAGCAGAGCAGCCGAGAGCGUCUAGCGGGCGGAGAUGGCGGUUCUUCUUCGAGUGGAGGCAACGUGGGAGGGGGCGUAGGAGGCGGCGGAGGUACUCAGUUUAAAAGCCGCAGUCAGAGCUUUAACACGGACACCACAACCAGCGGCAUCAGCUCCAUGAGCUCCAGUCCCUCCAGGGAGACCGUCGGAAACCCCGAGCAUCCCGAACCCGAGCCGGACUCCUCUGACUGUGUGAGCCUGAACACAGUGGUGUCAGCCAAGACUGUCAAAACGCUGUCCUCCCUCACCCCCCAGGCUCAAACCAACCACAUGUCCACGUCCAAGUCCUCCACUGUCUCUCUGGUACCGCCCGGCUCCUCGCACACCCUCCCCCGCCGAGCUCAGUCUCUCAAGUCUCCCUCAGUGACCACCAUCAAGAGCCUGGCUGACUGCAGCUUCAUGUACACGAGCCCGCGGGACGCGCUGGGCUACGCUACACUGAAGAGGCUGCAGCAGCAGAGGAUACACCCGUCUUUGUCUCACAGCGAAGCGCUGGCUUCACCAGCCAAAGACGUGCUGUUCACGGACACCAUCACUAUGAAGACCGGCAGCCUGGACUCCAGACUGACGCCUCGCAGGUUUCUGAAGGCUCUGAGCUUUGCCUCUCUGGAUAAAGAGGAACUGCUCAGUCCCAUCAACCAAAGCACCUUGCACCGCUGCUCUUCAGUGCGCUCAAUGGUCUCUAGCGCCACCUACGGGUGUAACGACGACUACAUUGGCCUAGCGCUGCCCAUGGACAUCAACGAUAUGUUCCACAUCAGAGACUCCGCCUACUUUCAGCAGAGGAUCAGCCCGCCGUCCGAGGAGCGGAAACGCUUCCUGUUUGGUGACGGAGACGGUGAUCGCCCUGCUCUCCCAAUACUGAAGCAGCAGUUCAGUAUCUCUGAGCUGAUCGCGUCCCGAGGCGACGGCCAGAACCACGCGGUGGGCUCAGAAGAGACGGGCCUGCAGGAUCACUGCGACGAAAACUGCCUCUACUGUGUAGGAGCCACCGUCCUCGGGUACCAGACACAGCCACAGAUCAACAGCACAGACCCUCGGACAGACUAUGUCGACUUCCCGUCGUGGGGAGGACAGAGCGGCCAUCGUCUGGAGGUGAUGCCUCAGUCCAAGUUCUCUGGAGUGUCGGGCUGCAGCGACGCCGCCGUGUCACAGGGCUCCAUCUGUAGCACGCCCACACCUGGUGACAUCGUCAUAGGGGGCAAGGCGAUUUCAGAAGACGGCCCCGCCUCGCGAGUCUUGCUGAGGAAGGAGGUGCUCCGCCUCAUCAUCAACCUCAGCUCCUCUGUAGGAACCAAAGGCCAUGAAACAGGACUACUGACGAUAAAGGAGAAGUUCCCCUACGCGUUCGACGAUAUCUGCCUGUACUCCGAGGUUUCUCACCUCUUAGCCCACUGCAUGUUUCGCCUGACUUCAAGACGAUUCAUACAGGAACUGUUCCAGGACGUGCAAUUCAUGCCAAUGUAUGAGGAAGCAGAGGCAAUCCUGACAAAGCUACCAAAACCUGUUGAAGAGGAUGUUGACCCCCCUUCAGAGUCCUGAUCGUCCUCCCCCUCAGCCCCGGUCCUGCCACCCUACGAACAUGGAGAGAAAGACCGAGAGAAUAUGAGAUAUGGCUCUGAGGAUGGGGGGGCGUCUGGCAUGUUUCUGUU